CUUCCAUGCCCUAUAUCAAGGGGCUUUAAACCAUUUCACUUUUGAAAACUUGAAAGACAUAAGCAUUGAAUGAAGAUGAAGUUAUUAGGUUUACUUGUGUUGGUAUUGGGCAGUACAAUCAGUGCCAAUGGUGCAGUUUCUGAAGUUUCUUGGAGAGAAAUCAGCAAAAUCAAUAGGGAAGGACCAUACGUUGGUAUAGUGGUUCCAAAUGCCUUUGAGCUGAAUCCUCUUCUUCGUUCACCUAGCUUUGUGCCACAUAACAAGUUUCCUUACUUUGAUUUUGCCGGAAAACACUUUCGCAUUGGUGUAUUGGAAAAAAAGAGAGUUAUAGUUGUGAUGACAGGAUUGAGUAUGCUAAAUGCAGGCAUUUCUACCCAAUUGUUGCUUACUCUGUUAGAUAUAGAAGGAGUUGUUCAUUAUGGAAUUGCAGGAAACGCAAAUCCUAAACUCCAAAUUGGAGAUGUUACUAUUCCCCAGUAUUGGGCUCACACGGGACUUUGGAAUUGGCAGAGAUUUGGAGAUGGUCCUAAGGAUGCACUAGCUUUAGAAGCCAGUGGAGAUUAUAGCAGAAGAUUUGGUUAUCUUAAGUUUGCCGAUUACAAUAACAACACAAAACAUUCCAAGUCAGCGACAAAUCUUCUGAACAACGUCUGGUUUCAAGCAGAGGAAAUUUUCCCCGUGAAUGGAACUGCUGAAGUUAGGCAACAUGCUUUUUGGGUUUCAGUUGACAAAACUUACUUUGAGAUUGCAAGAGAGCUCAAGAAUGUUAAAUUAAGUAAUUGUGUCAAUACAACUUGCUUGCCAAGAAGGCCUAUUGUGGUGAGAGUAGAGAAAGGGGUUAGUGCUAAUGUGUUUGUUGACAACAAAGCUUACAGAGAGUUUUUGCACUCUAAAUUUGAUGUCACUGCUAUUGACAUGGAAAGUGCUGCCGUUGCUUUAAUCUGUCUCCAACAAAAGAAACCCUUCAUUGCCAUUAGAUCACUAUCUGAUUUAGCUGGUGACAGUUCUACUUUGUCUAAUGAAGUGGAUGUGUUUGCCUCGUUAGCAUCGCAAAACGCUCUAGAUGUUGUUGUCAGAUUUAUCUCCUUAUUAAAUCAGUAGCUCUAAUGUGUUUCUCAAAAAAUGUUAACAAGGGAUGUAUUUGAGAUGGGCAAAUAAUGUGUUAAAAUUUUAAAAGUCUAUGUCAUGUAUGCACUCCAUCGUACUUCAAAAUAAAAGCAUAACCAAACAGGUUAAGACUUUUUGAUAUGCUAAACUCAGUUCAUUUGAAGAGAA